CAGCGGGAACCGCCCCCAGCAGCCGGGCGCGUGGAGACAGGAGCUCGAGGGGGACCCAAGCCAGGCUGGGCGUCGCGGGGUGCAGCAUGCGGACCGUGUGGUCGCCGCUGGCCGCCGCGCUGGCCGCUCUGGGGAUGUCAACCUACAAGCGGGCCACGCUGGACGAAGAGGAUCUGGUGGACUCACUCUCCGAGGGCGAUGUGUACCCCAAUGGCUUACAGGUCAACUUCCGCAGCCCCCGGAGCGGCCAGAGGUGGUGGGCAGCUCGGACCUCGGUGGAGAAGCGACUGUUGGUACUGGUGGCACUGCUGGCAGCGGGGCUGGUGGCCUGCCUGGCGGCCCUGGGCAUCCAGUACCGGACAAGAACACCUCCAGUAUGUCUGACCGAGGCCUGUGUCUCAGUAACCAGCUCCAUCCUAAACUCCAUGGACCCCACAGUGGACCCCUGCCAGGACUUCUUCAGCUAUGCCUGUGGUGGCUGGAUCAAGGCCAACCCCGUGCCCGAUGGCCACUCACGCUGGGGGACCUUCAGCAACCUCUGGGAACACAACCAAGCCAUCAUCAAGCACCUGCUGGAAAAUGCCACGGCCAGCGUGAGCGAGGCUGAGAGAAAGGCCCAGGUGUACUACCGUGCGUGUAUGAACGAAACUAGGAUCGAGGAGCUGAGGGCCAAGCCCCUGAUGGAGCUGAUCGAGAAGCUUGGAGGCUGGAAUAUCACAGGUCCCUGGGCCAAGGACAACUUCCAGGACACGCUGCAGGUGGUCACGGCUCACUACCGCACCUCACCCUUCUUCUCUGUCUACGUCAGCGCUGACUCCAAGAACUCCAACAGCAAUGUGAUCCAGGUGGACCAGUCUGGCCUUGGCUUGCCCUCCAGAGACUAUUACCUGAACAAGACAGAAAAUGAGAAGGUCCUGACGGGAUACCUGAACUACAUGGUCCAGCUGGGGAAGCUGCUGGGUGGUGGGGACGAGGACUCCAUCCGGCCCCAGAUGCAGCAGAUCCUGGACUUUGAGACCGCCCUGGCCAACAUCACCAUCCCCCAGGAGAAGCGCCGGGACGAGGAACUCAUCUACCACAAAGUCACGGCUGCUGAGCUGCAGACCCUGGCACCCGCCAUCGACUGGUUACCCUUUCUGAACACCAUUUUUUACCCAGUGGAGAUCAAUGAGUCUGAGCCCAUUGUGGUCUAUGACAAGGAAUACUUGAGACAAGUCUCCGCCCUCAUCAACAACACCGACAAAUGCCUGCUCAACAACUACAUGAUGUGGAACCUGGUACGGAAGACAAGCUCCUUCCUGGAUCAGCGCUUCCAGGAUGCUGAUGAGAAGUUCAUGGAGGUCAUGUACGGGACGAAGAAGACCUGUCUUCCCCGCUGGAAGUUUUGCGUGAGUGACACGGAAAACAACCUGGGCUUUGCCCUAGGCCCCAUGUUUGUAAAAGCAACCUUCGCAGAAGACAGCAAGAACAUAGCCAGCGAGAUCAUCUUGGAGAUCAAGAAGGCAUUUGAGGAGAGCCUAAGCACUCUGAAAUGGAUGGAUGAAGAGACUCGGAGAUCAGCCAAGGAGAAGGCGGACGCCAUCUACAACAUGAUAGGUUACCCCAGCUUCAUCAUGGACCCCAAGGAGCUGGACAAAGUGUUUAAUGACUACACAGCGGUUCCCGACCUCUAUUUUGAGAACGCCAUGCGAUUUUUCAACUUCUCAUGGAGGGUCACAGCCGACCAGCUCAGGAAAGCCCCCAACAGAGAUCAGUGGAGUAUGACCCCACCCAUGGUGAAUGCUUACUACUCACCGACCAAGAACGAGAUCGUGUUCCCAGCCGGAAUACUGCAGGCACCAUUUUAUACCCGCUCUUCACCCAACGCCUUGAACUUCGGUGGCAUCGGGGUCGUCGUGGGCCACGAGCUGACUCAUGCUUUUGAUGAUCAAGGCCGGGAGUAUGACAAGGAUGGGAACCUCCGGCCCUGGUGGAAGAACUCGUCCGUGGAGGCGUUCAAACAACAGACGGAGUGCAUGGUGCAGCAGUACAGCAACUACAGCGUGAACGGGGAGCCCGUGAACGGCCGACACACCCUCGGGGAGAACAUCGCCGACAAUGGGGGACUCAAGGCGGCCUACCGGGCAUACCAGAACUGGGUAAAGAAGAACGGAGCUGAGCAGACACUGCCCACCCUGGGCCUCACCAGCGACCAGCUCUUCUUCCUGGGCUUUGCACAGGUCUGGUGCUCCGUCCGCACACCGGAGAGCUCCCAUGAAGGCCUCAUCACUGACCCGCACAGCCCCUCCCGCUUCCGGGUCAUCGGCUCCCUCUCCAACUCCAAGGAGUUCUCGGAACACUUCCGCUGCCCGCCUGGCUCCCCCAUGAACCCUCAUCACAAAUGCGAAGUCUGGUAAGGGCUGAAGCGCGGAGCGCGGACAGACAGAAGAAGGGAAGGGGCCUGCAGCCAGCUCCCAGCGGGGCCACGCUGUCACCCUCCUCCCAGCCCCUUGGCGGCCUAGGGCCCCUUCCCCACCCCGGAGAGUGUGCAGCCCUCCCGUCUAAGCCUGUGAUGGAGGUUCAUCGCUCGAAGCCAAGAUUUGACCCCCUGUGAUGCUCCGGCAUCCCGGACACCCAUGUGGGAUGCCGGCCGGCCUUUGGGUGCGUCAAGCUGGUGGCUUGCCAGCUCUGGGCCUCACACUGACAAUGGCAGUGGGACACGGGCCCCCUCGCCCACCUCCAAUGCCAGAUACACCACAAUACCACUGUGUCAAAUGCUUUAAAGAUAUAUUUUUUGGGGAGACUAUUUUUUAAGCAUUAUGGAAUACACUGGAAAUCUUCAGGGAAAAUGCAUUUAAAACACUUUUUUUUUUAAAAGAAAAGAUUAGUAUAUUUAUUAUAUUCUCUUUUUUUCUAAACCACCUGUGGACAAAGGAAACCCCACUGAUUGACCCCAGGGGACCCCAGGCUGCCGAGGAUGCCCCAGUUUGAGCACUACUUUAGCCCAUUGCUGAUAUAAUUGCCCCCAGGCAGAGGGGGCAGCCAUCUGAAGGGCCUAGCUUGUGGGCACAUCCUCAGUUUACCUGUCCUGUCUCUGGAAUCCAACCAUGAGAACCCCAGGUUGGUAGCUGAGACAGCACAAAACCAGAGUAACAGUCUCUGUACAAUUCGGGGACACCUGAACACCCUGAACUAGAUCAUAAGAGCCCAUCGGAGCUGAGACGCCCCCCACACCCCCAUCAGAUGCACACUGUUGUCCAAAGAUGUCUUUUUUUGGUCCCACCUCUCUUGGCCUUGGGACCCGUUGUCUCUCUGUAGCAAUUCCGACGUCCAGUGGUCACUUUCACUGACCCUCUGUACGGAGGGAAAGGGGGAAAAACCAGCCCGGUUCUCUCUCCAAGCUCUGUAGCCGUCGUUGCCCUGGCCUGGCUCCUGGGACCCCUUUUCUAGUGCCUUACCCCAGGCUGCAGCCCCUGAGCUCCUUUCCCAGUGGAGCCCCCCAAGUGUCUUGACUAGAAGCCAACACCAUAGCCCCACUCCCAGAAGCCCCAGGGUACUGUCCUGACAUGCCUACAGGACAGCCAUUCCAGAGAGAUGUCCCGCGUCGGCAACGGGACAUUUCUCAGACUUUCAGCCACCUGUGGCACCCUCAGAAUCAAUGUAGUCCUUGUAGCUAGAGGGAUUUCCCCCACACACACCCUCACCCCGCUCUCUGUUUUUUUGGAAGUGUGUGCUGUGGCUAGAGCAGGCCAAGACUGGAAGUUUCCCAGCCCUGUUGGGCUACAGGGAAUGGCUAAAGGUCAUGUAAUAGAUCUGUGGGUUCCCACUAGGUGGCGCUCACUGCAGUUCUCAUGACUGCCGUAGAUCAUGAAGCAUGCUCUUGUGAUCUGUGUGGGAGGAGCCUAGUAGUGCCCAUCAUAGCCCCCGGCAGGCCAUGCCCCCCACACUGCACAGCGUGCGCACACACACCCACACCUGGAAGCCCGAGUCCCCCUUGGCAGAGACGACAGUAUAGUCUCAGUUCUGCUUGCUAGCGUAGGGAUAGCCUUAGCACUGGGAUGGGGAGCUGCGAGCAGGCAUUCUUGGUCCCUGCAAACACGUUCGAGGUCUCAGCUCUUUGGGGAAGGGUAACACAAGGAAGCAGGAAGGUGCUGGAGCCAUGACCUGCCGCGCAGGGGGCCACCGUCUGGGUCUGGAUAGCUGCCCUUUCCAUCCCGUCGCCCUGCCUCGCUAUGGAGCGGCAGACAUGGACACUAGUAUCUGGAAGCAGGGUCCUGAACUGCGUUCCACCAUGCGCACGUUGCUCAGGGUGUGCGGGGAGCCAGGAAGACCCAGGCCGGCUGGGGAUGGAUAGGUGCAAAAGCAGCAUCCCAACCCCCACUCCUCCAGAGAUGAGAAGGGCAGAAGCGGGAAGGGCACCUGCCCUCAGAAAGACCCCUCCUCUCAAGCCCGGAGGUUCCCUGCAGGCACAAGGACAUGGGGUUUGGAGCUGGGGACUCUAUUUUUUUGUAUUAUUGUGUUUCGUGCUACUGUAGUUUUGGUGUGGCACUAUUAUAAUUAAAAUAAAGUACUUAUACCAAGA